ACUCAUUGGAUUUUAUCGGGAAUGCAUUCAUCCGUGUGUUGACACUUCAUCUGACUUAUGUGUGGCAAGUUCACAGUGAGUUAUUGGUAAAUAGAGACUGCAUUUGACCUUCUGUGAGUGAAACUUAUUAGACACUAGUGGCGGCGAGUACAGCUUCAUAGCGGAUAGCUAGCCUGUGAUCGACUGCUAGCCAAGCAUCUAGCUGUGUUUAUUGUAUUCAAGCGACUGUUGUUUUGGCUCAUGGUGAGCAACUUUAAGAAAUUUCCGUAUUCGUUGUGCAUUGAAUUUUAGAAUGCACGCUAUUGACUGCAUUGUUUCAGCACCAGGAAAAGCCAUCCUUCAUGGAGAGCACGCUGUCGUCCACGGGAAGGUUGCUCUGGCAGUGAGUUUGAAUUUACGAACAUUCCUUCGACUUCAAGCUACCUCCACCAGCAAGGUCUGCAUCAAUCUACCUAACAUAAACACAUUUUUGUCCUGGGAUGUCAGUGCACUACAGCAUUUGCUUCAAGACAAAACCAUUGACCAUGGGAACUUAAAGGAGCUGGAUGCUGAUCUAGUCAGAAGGCUACGAGAGUUUACCGGAAUAGAGGAUGGAAGCACUGACACCCGGAGUAUGGCUGUGUCGGCCUUUCUCUACAUCUACUUCUCCGUCUUUUCCAAGUCAAAAGCGUUGCCCAGCCUGACUGUGACUGUCUGGUCGGAGCUGCCCACGGGAGCUGGCCUGGGCUCCAGCGCCGCCUACUGUGUGUGCGUGGCCGCCGCACUGCUCUCAACGCAGGGGGCCGUCUCCUGUCCUCUGGGGCCAGAUGGGGACACAGCCAGGUGGAGUGGUGAGGAGUUGGAGAUGAUCAAUCAGUGGGCCUUUCAGGGGGAGAGGAUCAUCCAUGGGAACCCCUCAGGGGUAGACAACGCCGUGAGCACAUGGGGAAGCAUACUAAGAUAUCAUGCUGGGAAGAUUACCCCUUUGCAAAGGGUUCCCACGCUGCGGAUUCUCCUCACCAACACCCAAGUGCCGCGCAGCACAAAGACACUUGUUGCCGGUGUGAAGGACAAAAUUAACAAGUUCCCGUCCGUACUAAACCCUGUGCUGGAGUCCGUGGAUGCUGUGUCCUGCAUGUGUGAACAGACACUCAUGGAGAUGGCCAAAGGCUCACCAACAGCAGAACAUUACGCCACAUUGGAGGAGCUGAUGGAUAUCAACCAGCACCAUCUGAAUGUGAUGGGUGUGGGCCACCCCUCACUCGAUACCCUCUGCACAGUCACACUGAGGCGGGGGCUGCACAGCAAGCUGACCGGGGCCGGAGGCGGGGGCUGUGGCAUCACUCUCCUCAGACCAGACACAGACAAUGCGGUGGUCCAGAGCACCAUUCAGGACUUGAAAGACACCGGCUAUGAAUGUUGGGAAACGAACAUCGGCGUGCCUGGAAUUCAGCUGCACUCUCCCCACAGCAUGAAAGAGGAAGUCAUGAAUGUUUUCAACAGCUACUAACAGCAGCAACUGGCUGUACCUAACAGAUUGGCACACCAUCUGAGCAGUCAUAACAGCCCAUGAAAGCAAGGCUACAGGAUAGGUGACCACGAAGAAGCUGUCUUUUAGGAGCUAGGUGUUAUAGCCUACCGGAGACAAGUGGUGUGUCAAUUCUCCAGAGAAUGUUAUACAUUGCACUAGAAAGAAUAUCCUCAGAGUAAGGACGCAAAUGCAUAUGCCUGCCAAUAUAUCAUGCCCAUGCGUGUGUUUGUUGUGGAAUGCUAAUUUAUUCAUUCAGACUGAUGUCUGAGAGGGCUUGGCUAUAUUGUUGCACAAUAAUAAACAAGGCAUAGAUAUGGACACAAAGAUGUGGGAAGUGGAUCUCUCAGGUUGUGGUGUUAUUAGUAAGGGUGUAACGGUAUACAAAAAUAAUGUUUCGGUGUGUACCUCGGUUUUACUGCUAACCUAAAAUGAACUGACAAUAUUGCUGAUGCACAACGGGAAUAAUAUGUAUAUACAGUACAGGCCAAAAGUUUGGACACCUUCUCAUUUCAAUGCGUUUUCUUUAUUUUCAUGACUAUUUACAUUGUGCAUUCUCACUGAAAACUAUGAAUGAAUCCAAAGUUAUUUGGCCCAAAGAUAAAUAUUUGUAAAUUAUGGCUUGCUGAAUAUGGUAUUAAAUGUAAAA